GCAUUUAAAUAAGCCAGCAGGAAACAAUAUUUCUGUGUGUGUCAGAGAAGCAGGGGUGAGCUGUGAUGUGUUCGCUGUUGAAGUUUUGACAUCAUUUGCAUCUCUUCUAUGACUGGUUGACUGACGGACGGUGUUGUGUGGUUCUGAUCUUAAGAGAGAGACACUAGGAUGGCAGCUGAAGGGGCCACAGAGAAGAGAGCCAACUUGGUGGCAUCUAAAGUCAUGUGGAGUAACAGGGAUGACGUACCUAUGUCAGCACCAGAACGGUCACAUGGCAGUGACAGAGCAGGAAUCUGUAGACAGAACAACGUCCAGCAGUGGCUUAGAAGUCAUGAGGCGGAUGCAAAACCAGACCACACCAGGGAAGCUGCAACAGGGCUUUUAAAGAGGAACGCCAGCAGUGAGGAUGACUUAGCGUUGGGCGUCGAAGCAUCUUUAUAUGGUAAACAGGGAGUGAGGACCGUCCAGGAAUUUCUGAGGAGUUCCAGGUCCAGCCCAGUUCUCACCAGGUGGAACAGCUUAACCUCAGCCUUCUCAGCACAGUCGGCUCCACUCAGUGUAAUGGAUGUGCUGAAUCUGUGGAGUGAUGACCCAGAGGAGGUCCUACUAGAUCUGGGCUUCGGCUGUGACGAGCCUGACAUCUCUGGACGGAUCCCAGCCCGCUUUAUCAACAACCAGUCCAGCGCCCGGGGAAUCAACAUCCAGGUGUUCCUGGAUGCCCAGAAGAACCGCAUGGACAUAGAGAACCCUGAUGUCAGCAAUAGGUUCAGGCAGUUGGAGGUGCUGCAGCAGGUUACCACUGCGUUCUCAUCCCUGGUCGGUGGUGCGUCUACAGACUCCCUCUCCGAGAGCGGAGUUCCAGCUUUAGCUUCAGCCGAGGCCAGGGAGAAGAGGAAGAGGAUGGGCAUGCUGCUCCGCCGGGUCUCCAGAAAAACCCUCAGCCAGACCCAAAUCCAGACCCAGGACUCCCAGGACACAAACUCAUCUCCCCACAGUCCCGUAGCCCACUUACAGCAGCCCCUGGCCGGCCCCCCUGACAGGCGGACCCAGCUGAAACGAGCCAGACAGGGCCUGGCUGAGAGUAUAUGCCUGACCCCACUGGUAGAGGAGCAAGGCCUAGCCUCGGAAGCACUAGAGCCCCACUCGGUCCCCCAGGAGGGUGCGCUCAGGCUGGAGGUGGGGAAGGAGUAUCAACCCCUGAUCUCCAGUGGUAUUCCAACCAGAAAGAAAAGUCCUGGGGAGGCCAGGGAGUCCUUUGAGAUGGAAGAGAUCCAGAGCUUUGAUGAGAGCAGUAUUUCUGGGAGCUACAUGGGAGCAUCCGACACCACAGCAGUGUGUGUGAUGAGGACUAACAGCUGCCAGUCUGACAGCAGUGGUUUCCUGGAAGAGCCCUUCAUCCCGUCCAUUACCCAGCAUCCCUCACCUGGACCCGAGCUCAUGAAGGCUUUGUCAGGAAUAUCUGGAGGCAGCACUGACAGCCAGAUCACUGUAAAAGGAGCUUCACCCCCUUCAUCCCCCCCAUCCACUUCCCUGGACCCUUCCCCUCCUUCCCUCUCCACGUGCCACCCAAGACCCGAGUCUCCUCUAUACAGACCAGAGACGACAAGCCCUACAGAGGAGACACCCAGACACCAGGAUUCCCCCACACCCCACUCCCUCCUCUCUGAUGCCUUGGAGAUGACUAACUCUGCGUUUGGAGCCGGGCCAAGCCUAAUGGAAAACACUGUCACUGAGGAAGAUGGAUUCUCUUCGGCCUGCUGUGCACCUUGUCAUAAGCCAGACUCUCCGUUACGGCACGUUAUUAUUAUCAUGAAAACAGAUAGAGAAACAGAACACUUUACUCUGGAAUCAGAGGAAGCUGUUCCAAUAGGAGGAGAGGAAAAGGACAUAGCGGAACAAAGUGGUAAUGUUCAGACAGGAACAGAGGCUGUUGGUGAUCAGGACACCGAUUGUUAUGGGUCACAUGAAGGCUCUCUGAUGGACUCGGUGGCUCUGGUGCAGAUGAAGAAAGAGAUGGAGAUGAAGAUGGAAGUACAGAUUAGUUCUAGUUUGGAAGGUCCAGUUUUAGGUCCUGUCGCUGUUCCUGAGGUGGUGGAUCAAGGCUCUGAGACUGGAUCUGUUUGUCAGGACCGGUCCUCUGAAGAUCCUCUAUUAGGAUCUGACCCUAACCUCUCAGCAGUGCUAAGCCCUGCCUCCUCUCUCCCCCCAGCAGAACCUCUCUCUGCCUCCUCUCUCCCCCCAGCAGAGCCUCUCUCUGCCUCCUCUCCCCCAGUGCACUGGGAAACAGGUGGAUCAGAGAUUUCAGAGGGAUCCUCAAGCUUGGUUGUCCAAGAGCCUCUCCCACCACUAAAUCAACCAACAAACCCAUCAACAGACCUACCUCCAGGCCCAGCUUUAACCUCACCUUCAGAGCAAGUGUCACUUCCAUCCCCAGCCUCUUCCCCACCACCAUCUCCGUCCCCAGCCUCAUGCCAACACCAACCUCCAGCCUCAGCUUUUCUGGCAGCAUCCAGCUCAUCUCCAAUACAAUCCCAUUCCCCAAUCCAUUCUCUAUCAGCCCUAACCACAACACCAAUCCCAUCCUCAAUUCCAAACUCAGCCCAUUCCUUAACCGUAGCUCCAUCUCAAGCCCCAACCCCACUCGUCCCCCACAGUGGUGCUUUCAGGUCAGGCCGAUCUGUGUCUGUCCAGAUGCCCUCCUCCCUGCCCUCUGUCUCCCACUCUGCCCUCCGGAGAGGUGCUGUCCCCCACACCCCCUCCCCGCUCGGCCCUUCCUUCGAGCCCCUCCCCCUGACUGACCUGACCCUCCGGCAGAGGCGGAACUCCUUCUCCAGGAAGGCGUGGUCAGAUGCUGAUGUCUCCCACUUUGCAGAACACAGAAACACUGCGAUUGCCAUGGGAAAGGCAGACAUGACACCUGAGACGAUAUCCCUCCCGUCCCCCUGCCCCUCCCCCUCCAUGUCAUCGUCCAAUCGGUGGCUGUCUCGCGACGGUUCACGAAGAUCCGGAAGUUUCCAGAUGAAGUCCACCUCCUUGGACACUGGACUGUGGCAGGAGGAAGUGGGGGAAGAAGUGGGGGAUGAGGAUAGACGGUGGGAACGAGCCCUGUUCUCUGGGCUUUCCUGCUGCUGCUCCUGUGAUAACCACUGUCGCUGCUGUUCUCAGAACAAUUGCCACAAACCGUCCUCCGUUUCAGCUUUCCCUUAUUCACUGGAUGAGCUGGAGGGGAUGAUGCACUGUAUGAGGAAGUUCCGCUGCGUCCUGACAGACAUCGAGGAACAGCUGUCAGAAGACCAGGCCUCGGUGUACAGCUCACUCUCUGACACUGACAGAGAGGAAGUGCGAGACAUCUUGGAGCUGAGGAAAGCUGUGAAACAGGAAGCAGGAGAGUUGGAACUGCAGCUCACUGACCUGGUUCAUCGCUAUGACGACAGCUUCAAAAUGAAGAUGCACAGACUACUCGAUGAACAAUCUCACCUCUACACCCAGCUAAGGCUCCUGCCCCUGAUCCCCACAUCCACCCCUGGUUCUGCCUCCUCCAGGAGCAUGGCCACUCAGUGCUGCCUGCUGCCCUGGCUGCCUUUGACGGACAUGUCCAGGCCACGCCCCUCAUCGCAGGCCACCUGGGAUUUGGAGUCCAGAUCAGCUCUGCCAGAUUCCAGUUCUAUGGGCCAGAGGCUAAAACAUGGUUCUACAGGCACCAAGCCAGACAAACUGGACAUUGUGGGUUUCAUCCAGAGACUGAAGGAGUCCAUACGCCACUCUGUCAAUACUGACUCACUGGAGUAAAAGAGAGGUGGGGUAGCCCUGACUGACAGAUCUAGGCCAGGAUUCAAUCCUAAGCGUUUCAUAGGGCAGCGUACAAUACAGGCGACAAUUUGCCUUUCAAAGGCAUUUUCCCUGACGUUCGCAGAGAUCGUGUUCAUGGUAAAAGCUGUGCAUGUCAGCUCAGACGUAAAUUACCUUUGAAAAGUCUUAUAAUAGUGCUCUGCUCUGUAACACGCCUUUGCGUGAAUACCAGACCUAUACCCUCUAAACUUGACUGAAAAAACACUGCCUGUGUCCUCACCCACCCGUGGGAUUGUUUUUCUGUCUUACAGAUGCUGCUUCUGCUGUAGCUAACUGAAGAUGAUCUGCUGUCUAAGUUAUAGUGUGUCCAAUCAACCUGGACUCGGGUAGAUGUGACAUGAUAAAUGUAAAUCUGUCUCCCUCCAUUUAGUAUGACAUGUUAGGUGUGGUAAGGUAUGUAUUUCUUUGUAAAUGUCCAUCAUCCAUUAUGUUAUGAAUAACAAUUCAUAUGAUAUGUUACGAAUUGCAAUUUGUACAAUGUCACAAAUUCCAGUUUGAUGUGGCUAACCCUAACAUUAGUUAAGUAGCUUACGUUAACUAGGCAAAGGGUUAGCUAACAUGCUAAGUAGUUGCAAAAAUUAGUACGUUUCAAAAUAGCUAAUUAGCCUAAAUGCUCAAGUUGUCCGUGAUGAGAUCGGAAGACGCAGCCUUAGGGAUGCUAGAAGUUUGCAUUAUAUGCCCACCUAUCCACCACCCUCCCUUCGUUUUUGCCUCAUGUAACCUUACCAAACAUACCAUAUCAUAUUAAUUUGAGUGUCCUGGAUUUACGUUGACUAUGUCUAGUCUAUGAAACCAGGCUGGUGUAAUCAAUGGAUUCCAUUACUACCAAAGUAGUCCAGUGUCCACAUGAUGAAUAAAGAGCAUGAAUGCAUGAAAUCAUGUGUGCUAUAUCUAUAACGUGCCAAUGCAUAACAUACUGUACAACGAGUUUGUGUGUGUAUUGUCAUUCCCUACGUAUCAACAACAGCAUUCGUCUCAACUAAGGAUGUGUUCUCAUUCCUUAAUGUGACAUGAAGUCUCCUACUGUUACCUACCUGCAUCAAUGCUCUGGGUAAGACGGAUCCCCAUCCACAUGAGAUCCAUGCAGUAUGUGUAUGCUAUAGAGAGGAGCUCCUCCCUGUGUCACCCCCCCCCCCUUAUUAGCACGAGGUGGUAUAGCUCAUGUCUCCUGUCUCUUCAGACACUAAUUAGCAGCUGUGUAGUACCAGUCUGUGAGCCUGAUGUAUUUCAUGACCCCCUCCACUGGUGCUCCCAGCUUAAAUGUAAGAGAACUACAUGCCAUUUAGGAACACAAGAAAAUAAGUAUGUUUUAUUGCGAUACAGCCUACUGUAUAUAGAGCCCCACAGUGGAAGUGUCAUAAUAACCAUAAACCUAACAGUCAAACAGGGAGUCACCUUGUCCUAGAGAGAUUUAGAUGGUUAUCAAAAUGCCACGCCAGGGUAAGCCUACACAACACAGCUCUUAUUUUAAGUGUUUGUAAAAUCCCCUACAGGAAAAAGGAAUGGUGGAAAAACAAUUACAACCAUUUCCUUGUUUGACUGCUAGAUUUUAUGGGUAUUAAUUAUGACUCAUACUGUGGUACUCUAUUGGGCCUAAGAAUUCUUGUUACUUUUGAAGCAAAUGUUGUGCCCUAGAAAGUAAUAUGUACAUUAGUUUAUAAUAAAAUGUUGAUAAAGUCAUGUGUGGAAUAUUAUGUUUCCACAUUGUGUAAAAGCACUUUUCUAUUGAGAUGGAUUCCAUAGAAAAUUGCACACUUUCUCUUUAAAAAGGUCAGGUUUGUGGUGACAUUUGUCAUUCAACAUGGUGCUUUCAAGACAACUGGGGAAAAAAACUUGACUGCAGUUUGGCGUCAUAACCGACUUCAGUGGGCAAAUGCUCACUUUCGAUGGCCACUGGCACACUGGAGAAGUGUGUUCUUCACAGAUGAAUGUCAGUGUCAACUGUACCAGGCAGAUGGCAGACAGUGUGUAUGGCGAUGUGAGCGGUUUGCUGACGUCAACGAUGUGAACAGAGUGCCCCAUGGUGGCAGUGUGGUUAUGGUAUGGGCAGGCAUAGGCUACGGACAAUGAACACAAUUGCAUUUUAUUGAUGGCAAUUUGAAUGCACAGAGAUACAGUGACGAGAUCCAGAGGCCAAUUCUUGCGCCAUUCAUCCGCCGCCAUCACAUGUUUCAGCAUGAUAAUGCACAGCCUCAUGUCGCAAGAAUGCUGUUCAUUGACUACAGCUCAGCAUUCAACACCAUAGUACCCUCUAAGCUCAUCAUCAAGCUGGAGGCCAUGGGUCAUGGGUCUCAACCCCAUCCUGUGCAAUUGGGUCCUGGACCUACCCUUUGCUGACGCUCAAGGGUGCAUGCUCAGCCACCUCCUGUACUCCUUGUUCACCCACUACUGCUUGCCCAUGCACGCCUCCAACUCAAUCAUCAAGUUUGCAGAACAACAACAACGAAACUGAGUGUGGCACUGAGUGUGGUGUCAGGAAAACAACUUCUCACUCAACGUCAGCAAAACAAAGGAGAUGAUCAUGGACUUCAGGAAACAGCAAAGGGAGCACCCCCCUAUCCACAUCGAAGGGACAGCAGUAGAGACGGAAAGUUUUAAGUUCCUUGGCGUACACAUCACAGACAAACUGAAAUUGUCCACUCACACAGACAGUGUUGUGAAGAAACCUCAAGAGGCUGAAGAAAUUGGGCUUGUCACCAACAACCAUGACAAACUUUUACAGCUACACAAUCAAAGCAUCCUGUCGGGCUGUAUCACGCCUUCAACCGCAAGGCUCUCCAGAGGGUGGUGGGGCCUGCACAACGCAUCACCGGGGGCAAACUUUCUGCCCUCCAUGACAGCUACAGCACCCGAUGUCACAGGAAGGCCAAAAAUAUCAUCAUGGACAUCAACCACCCGAGCCACUCCCUGUUCACACCGCUACCAUCCAGAAGGCGAGGUCAGUACAGGUGCAUCAAAGCUGGGACCGAGAGACUGAAAAACAGCUUCUAUCUCAAGGCCAUCAGACUGCUUAACAGCAAUCACUGACUCAGAUUCUGUUGCCUACAUUAAACCCAAUCACUGGCCACUUUAAUGAAUGGAUCAUUCGUCACUUUAUACAAUGUACUCUUAAUAAUGCCACUUUAAAAAUGUUUACAUGUCUUACAUUACUCAUAUCACGUGUAUAUACUGUAUUUUAUACCAUCUAUUGCACAUUGCCUAUGCCGCUUGGCCAUCACUCACCCAUAUACUUAUAUGUACAUAUUCUCAUUCAUCCCUUUAGAUUUGUGUGUAUUAGGUAGUUGUUGGGGAAUUGUUAGAUUACUUGUUAGAUAUUACUGCACUGUCGGAACUAGAAGCACAAGCAUUUCGCUACAUUCACAUUAACAUCUGCUAACCAUGUGUAUGUGACAAAUAAAAUUUGAUUUGUACACA